GGAGGACGGUGGUCUCUGGGGGUAGGGGGGCGCUGGGACAGAGGAGGGCAGUGUGGCAUGGAGGCACAGGGCUAAGCCUGGGAUCUGACUGUAGAGGCGCAGAGUGUUUCCUGACAGAGUUUGGGAGAACAGGGUGGCAGUAGCUUCUGGGACAUGUCAUCGGUGUGCUUCCGUGUGACCUGCUGCGGUUUCUCAGCUCCCUCUCAAGCUCCUGGUGUGAACUGGCUGUGUCCCCACAGCAGUUGCGUGUUCUUGAUUCUGGAGGGGGAGGGAGGCUGGUCUUUCUUUGCCAGUCAGAGCAGAGUGUCUACAUUGUCCGGUAGUGGCGGGUUUCUUUGAAGCUGCCAAAUCACGGAAAGAGUGAGCACCCCAGCCCUUCACGCUCUCUUGCAGGUGAAUGCUCCCUUCAGCUCUCCCCACUGCUCAGCUGCAGGGCUAUGGGCAGCCCACAGGGAGGGAGGCUUGAGCAGGCUGGAUUCUGGCUGGGCCGCUGGUUCCUGACCUAGAGGGGCAGUGGAAGUGGGGAGCAAUAGGCCUGCUUUACGGGGGUGGGUGGGUGACGGCGCCAUGUGGUCAGAAAUGGCCCGCUGGCAGGUGGGCAGCUGGGGGUGGGAGGGGGUUCCCAAGACUGACAGCUCCAGGAAUGGGGAGGGCAUCUGGAGGUUUCUGGGUUUUGGGGUGAAGGUGCCGUGGGCAUGUGUGGGGUGGAGAUGUGGUCCUGGAUGUGUGGGUGAAGGCGGCAGGGUCAGUCUUGGUCCAGGGUUCUCCAAUGUCAUCAACUGGCGGCUGGUGAGUUGGGGGUGUGUGCCUCCACCGAGGGAGAGGAUCCCCAAGAGGCUGGGGAGGGUGGAUCUGGGGCAGGGGGGUAAGGGAGCCCAGGAAGUAGGUCCUGUCCAGAUGGAGGGACAAGACAGAGAUGGAUUCGUGCCCCCAGAGUGGGGCCAAACCCUAGUGCUGGGUGGUGAGAGCCUCCCCUCACAUCCUCUGGGGUGCCUUUGUGCCCCUCUUGUGCCAGGGGCAUGCUCCAUCCCUGCCCACCUGUGCUCACGGCCAGGGUUUCCCUGCAGGUCUGAGUUCACCGACACCAUCCUGUCUGUGCACCCCUCCGAUGUGCUGGACAUGCCUGUGGACCCAAAUGAGCCCACGUACUGCCUGUGCCACCAGGUGUCCUAUGGGGAGAUGAUAGGCUGCGACAACCCAGACUGUCCUAUUGAGUGGUUUCACUUCGCCUGCGUGGAUCUGACCACGAAACCCAAAGGAAAAUGGUUCUGUCCACGGUGCGUUCAGGAAAGGAGGAAGAAGAAGUAAGGUGGAUGCCUGGACCAGAAGAGCAAGUUAAUAUAUUCCUUCUUCACGUUGCAAUAUUUUCUCUUCAUUUUAAAACUACCUUGUUUCCAAUGAUAUUUAAGAACUCAGUGGCCAGUUGUGAUUCUGGAGACUUCCUAAAACAAACAAGAAUCCUCCUGAGCCCUGUUUGCACGAGGAGUGGUCUUACGGGGACUCGUCAUGGUGACUUUGUUCUGGAGACGUAGUACCGGCUCUGUGCCGGGGAGCUGAGCCUUCCAUGGGCGCCGUGGUGGGGACCGUCCAGCCCAUGCACUGCCAUCCCUCUGCAGCUGAGGCGCAAGCCCGCAUGCUCCGUCCUGUUUUGCUGGGGCUGCGCCAGCACGUCGGGCAGCGUAUCUGUCCCCUGCAAGGCCUUGCCGGAGUCGUCUGCUGUGUUUGGGCUCUGCACCGGGGCCCAUGGCCUUGCCUGGGCAGGGUGGGCUCUCCUUGGGGGCAGAGCGCUCUGUUUCACUGUGCACUGCCAUUUCCGUCUGAGCUCCCCGUUCCCUCCGUGAGGGUUUCAUCUUCUGGAGUAGACGCUCUCCGUCAGCACACAGCAGUCGUUCCCGUGACUGGCCCGCGGGAGCCGUGUGACAGACAGCGGGUGCGCCGUUUUCUCUGGGAAUUCCUGACAUUUUUACUGUGAAGAUGAAAUUAUCAUAACAGCAUGGAGAUCGUGGGUCCGUGUGUCUGUGAAGUGAGUCUAGUCCAGUGAGACCUGAUUUUAAACCUGUUCUGUCGCACACGGGUCGGUCAGCAGCUCCUGUCCAAGGGGACGACGAUCAUGUGAUACGAUUUGUGAAUUUCUUGUGCCACGCAGUCCUGGAAUGAAGCUGGCAAACUAGAGUGUGUCUUCUGUUUAAUCUGCAUUCACCAAACCAGUCCUGAACCAUGUUUUUGGGAAUAGUUGGGGGAAAUUACAUAUGCUUGGCGUGUUGCGAUCCAUUUGUGAUGGUGUGUAGUGUGACUUCUGGGAACAUGCGUGGACUCGGAGACCCUCCGGCACACGUGUCUAAAGGAGUCCGAGGAGUCCUGAAGAAAGGGAAACCUGUUUUUGUCCUCGAGGCAGGAAAAGAAAUCCAGGAGGCAGGGUCAAGAUGUGAAAUUCCUAACUGACGAAGAAUCUUGCCUUCUUUAUCAGGAGGCCUUCUGGAAUGGUGCACCUGUUUCCUGCAGUGGCCGUGUCUACCAUAUGUUCCCACCUUUUCUCUAAUAUUUCACCAACGGCAGGAGAUGACGUGGAGAGAAACUUGGGGGACUGUGUCCUGCGCGGCCACUCCUCACCAAGGCCGUUUCCAGUCGGUAAAUGAGAGGUGAAUGUUAGCUUUGACAUCAGAGGGCUGUGAGCCCCUAUCUGUGGUUCUCAGCGGGUCGGCUGGCGCCCCACAUGCUGUCCCACCGUCCCUUCGGGGCUUCCAGGGCACUGCAGGUGGGGUCAGUUCGGAGAGCGCCACCCUUUUUGUCCCGUGCUGCAUGGUUAGGGUAGGGGGUCAGCAGCUGGCCUGACGAGCUAUCCCAGAGCCGGUGCCUUCCUGCUGCCCAGAAAGGAGGGGUGGAGGGCUCAGGAGAAGCACCGGCCGGCUCGUGCUCCUCAGUCUCAGCUGUGGCCAAAAACGAGGCUCGUUUGUAUUUAGUCACUUAGAUUUUUGUUAACACAGCUGUUUAAAGAUUGUGGGGAAUAAAUUGUGGAAAACUGUUUCCUUCACUCUUUGACCAGUCUCUGUGGAGAGGGCAGGUGAGCGCACGAGUUUGUGAUGGCCCUUUGGAAGCUGCUUUACUAUUUGUACUGCAUCGUAGAACACUUCCUGGCCGCCGUCAUCAUGGGAAACCAGUGCCCAGGGGGUGGCUUGGUGGCCGUCCGGGGUGCCUGGUCCGGGGCCUCGCUCACAGCGCAGGAGGGCUGGCCAACUUCCCUGUGGGGUCUUGCGUGUCGCCAGGUUACAGCCCAGCCGCCGGCCUUCUCUUUGUAGGUCUCUGUACCCGCUGUCUCUUGCGUUCACCUCUGUCGGUUACGUAAAUAUACCUGGAACAACAUGCGUAGGUAGAGCUUUGGAGAAGACAAGACGUGAGCAGAAUAGGAAGAUUCCCUCCCCAGAACGCUGUGUCAACACGGAUCCGCUGCCCCUUCCUGACUGCGAGUGCUGCCCAUAGUUGCAGCGACACCCAGCAACGGCUGUUUGCUGAGGAGACCAGGUCCUCCCCCUGGCCUGGCUCCAGCCCUGCAGGGGUGGCUGGUGCCCCUGACGAUCACGCCGUGAGGCCUGGCCGCCGACAGUGGGGUGAUUCCCACCAGAUCCUGUGCGCCUGCCGGGCACCAGACCUGACCCGGAGGUGGCUGCAGAGCCCUGUUCCUUGGGUUGAGUGGGGGUCUGGGCUGGGCCCAGAGGUCCCUGUCUCAGCUGCAUCUGAGCCAAGGGCCCUGGGGCUUCCUUGCAGGGAAGGGGCACCUUGUUCAGAGGACACUCAUGGCCCUUGCUCUCAGUGCUCUCUUAGCAGUCAGUAGGUUGACAAAUAGCUUCUUGUUUUCCUGUAGAAGAACACAUGUUGCACUUGCAAAAAUAAUGUGUGAAACUGAGCCCCCCGCAGCUGUUGCCCAUGGAGCUGCCGGCUGGGCUGCAGACGGAGCUGGGCCCGCGUGCCUGGGGUCCCCAGGUGGCCGGCUGUGAGAUGUGACCGGCCACGGGAGCCUGGUGGCUUCCGGUCUGCGCAGGGAUGACGGAGAUUUGCUGGGACAUGUGGGGACGAUGGUCCUCUCCCGGGCGGCCACAAGGCACUCCUGACUUGUAGCUGGCUGCCCAGGGCAGGGUUGGCUUUGAGCAGUAACGCUGUCCCGAGAGCAGCUUCCCUGUGUGGCCGUGGCUGGAAUUCGGACACUUAUCAUGGGCCUUGGAGAUGGAAGGUUUUCCCUAGUUGUUAGUGAGCCGGGACUGUUCUUCAUUCCCUGUGCUGAGAGGAGUUUUAAAACAAAGUCUAAGAAAAAUGUUCUCAUUCAGAAGAGAGUUCUAUGAAGUUUCUUGCUUUCUACAAAUGUAUUUUGUGGUGUUCACUUUUACCACAUUUCAUCCAAAAAGAUGAUGCAGCUUUAACACGAAUGUUACAUUUUAUUUUCAAGGAAUUAUCUAUGUUCCCUUUGUAAAGGAAAGAUAAUAUUGUAAAUCUUUUUAUUAAAUAAUGUAGAGAUGUAUAUCUGUAUUUUUGGAUCAUGUUCUAGAUUAUGGAUAUAUUGUUUAAUAAAUGAAGUAUUU